AUGAAGGUCGUCCUCUUCGGAAGCACGGGCUUCAUAGGCAAAGAAGUCCUCGACCUGUGUCUGAAAAGUCCCGCUGUAACCUCCAUCAUCGCGCUCUCGCGCCGUCAUCUCCCCGUCGACGGAGAAGGAGAAGGCGCCAAUCCCAAGCUGACUGUAGUCAUGGUUGAGGAUUUCAAGGUGUACCCCUCCUCUAUUUUAGAGCACCUGAAAGGGGCGGAUGCUUGCAUAUGGUCAAUUGGAACGUACAAUUGGGAUUCGACAGUCGAGUUGGAAUACCCCGAGGCUUUCCAGCAAGCACUGUUGAAGGUUUUGGAUGUGCAUGUCAACAAACCCUUCACAUACGUCUACCUUGGCGGCGCUUUCACCGAGCCGGACCAGGAGAAGACUCUGUGGUUCUAUACCAAAGGACGGCGUGUGCGGGGGCUUGCCCAGACCAAAUUCUUAGAGUUUGGAAGGCAAAAUCCCAGCGUGAAGACGUACGUGGUGAGGCCGGGAGGAGUUCUACCAGGAGACGGAAGUGGAUAUGCUUUGCUGGGUUGGUUGGUCCCAACCGUCUCGGUGCGGAGCCUGGCCGCGGUGAUGGUAGAUCUGGCCGUGAAUGGGGGGAGUGAGCAGCUGGUCAACAAUAAGGUCAUCGUAGAGAGAGGCAGGGAGUUGUUGAUGAACCAAAUGUAG